AUGUCUCCUUCCAGGUUCUCCGUGCUGGCUCUGCUGCUGCUCUCGGCAUACUGCUGGGCUGAGGAGUCAGACCUUUCUGUGUCUGAAAUCAUUGAGAACGCCAACAAAAACAUUGUGCGCCGUGAAGGUGAGCCCAUGCUGAUCGAGGGAGACAUCGCCAUCGACAACGAGGCUGAGAGGAACGCUGACCCCUGCACCUCCAGAGGCUGCAAGUGGGGAAAGUACACUGAUGGAAAGGUUUACAUUCCCUACUACAUCGCCAACCACUUCUCUUCCAGGGAAAAGUCCAUCAUCACCCGUGGUCUGGAGUCUUUCUCCUCCUUCUCCUGCAUCCGCUUCAGACCUAGCAGAAGCUCUGACCGUGACUGGCUGAGCAUCGAGUCCAGAGACGGCUGCUGGUCGUACGUGGGUCGCCGUGGAGGAAAGCAGACUGUGUCUCUGAACCGUGGAGGAUGUCUGUACCACAACACUGUCCAGCAUGAACUGCUCCACGCUCUGGGCUUCAACCACGAGCAGACCCGCUCUGACAGGGACAACCACAUCAGGGUGCUGCUGGAGAACGUGGUGUCUGGAAUGGAGCACAAUUUCAAUAAGAUCGCCACUCUGAACCAGGGCACUCCCUACGACUACGGCUCUGUCAUGCAGUACUUCAGAACUGCUUUCUCCAAGAACGGUAAGCCCACCAUGAUCCCCAUCCCCAAUGCCAACGUGAAUCUGGGCAAUGCCAGGGAGAUGAGCUCCAAUGACAAGAAGAGGCUCAACUCUCUGUACCAGUGCUGGUGGGGCCCCGGCUGCGCCAUACCGGGCAACAUCACGGUCCUUGUUUUUAACAGGGGUCGGGUGCGAUGUGAACUAGGCAGCGGUCGGGGUCAGGGACCCCGGCAACUUAGUCCACGGACACAGAAACUGGCUGUAAGGACGUGGAACGUCACCUCACUGGGGGGGAAGGAGCCUGAGCUUGUGCGGGAGGUUGAGAGGUACCGGCUAGAUGUAGUCGGGCUCAUCUCCACGCACAGCUUGGGCUCUGGUACCCAACCUCUCGAGAGGGGUUGGACCCUCCAUUUUUCUGGUGUUGCCUGCGGGGAGCGGCGGCGAGCUGGUGUGGGCUUGCUUAUAGCCCCCACAGGUCAGCCGCUGUGA